AGCUUUGUGGAUCAAAGAAGUGAGAGGAAACCUCUCCAGCACGCCCAUGCCGUUGUGCCCUUGCCUGUUCGGGUCUCCCGACUCCAAUGAACACCGGCUCGCUGGGAACUGGAGCUCAGAUCCGCCGCGCUGCCUCCGCAGAGCAGAGCCGGCAUUCGCUGGAUCUUCAAUCAGACUCUUCCGGACACGAAGUACAUCGUCGCGUGAAAGGAGGCAGCCACAGGUUUCCUGGAGUGGAAGGACAUCGUGCAGAGGGUCGCGAUGGUGCCCACAAGCGCAACCACCGACCGGUGCCCACUUCGCGUCGUCGUGCCUCGCCCCACGGCCGCCUGGCCUCUGGCCACCUGGAAGGUGCGCACAGCGCGGUGACGCGGCAGCGCAUCGACCGGAAGAUCUCGGGUGCUCUGAGGACGCAGCGCAGCGAUCAUUCGCCAGAGGCAUUUCUGUCGCCGCUGCACGAAAGCGGACGGGCAAGCUCUGUCGACAAAUGCUCCCCAGACACGAGUGGACUGAGGAAACAAGCAGAGGAAGCUGCGACCAAGUUCUUUCUGCAGCGAGAGAUCGAGGCACGCAGCCUUCGGAUGCACAGCUGGCAGCGGGCAGAAGCCUCCGUCUUCGCCGCCGACAAGGAGCCAACAAGACCUUGGCGCAAACUCAUCGUGGUUUGCGCCAAGCUUCCGUUCACGAUUGUUUGGGACGAGGAGAAGGGCACUCUGCGUGUAGAGCGCGACCAGUUCGAGGCCAAUUUCGCCGAGAUCCUGGCUGCCGAGAUCACCGACGGCAAGGUGCAAUCUUCCGUUCGAGUCAGGUCUGAUCAGGUCAUCCUGGUCGGCGCACCUGUGGUAAGACGCGUAACUGAUCGCUCGCUGGUGACGGCCUGCGACGAGGCACUCCAGCAAGAGCUCACCAACUUCCUCCGGAAGGAGUUGAAGGUGGCGACAGUGCCCGUCUUUCCUCCAUCCGGCAGAGACCGUUUCGCUGACCAGGUGAUUUUCCCUCUUUUUCACUACACCCCCCCAUCCAUGGAGACUGGAAUAGGUCUCUAUGACUGGGAUGGCUACAAGCUUGUGAACGAGAGCUUUUGUGACGCUGUGCUUCAGCAACAUCAGCGUGGGGACCUUGUCCUCAUCAAUGACUACCCGCUGAUGCUGCUGCCAAAGGCUCUUCGUAAGGAGCGGCCGGACAUUUCAAUCGGUUUCUACAUCCAUUGCGUAUUUCCGAGUAGCGAGGUUUACCGGAUUCUUCCUCAGCGCGAGGAAUUGCUUCGAGGAGUGUUGAGUUCCAAUGUGAUUGGCUUCCACAACUUUCAAUAUGUUCGGCAUUUCCUGACGGCCGCAACACGUAUUCUCGGCUGCGAGUGCAGUUCUUCUGGCAUCGAUGCCUGUGAGGACGCUGGCGGCACCAGCACCAAGGUCAUUGCCGUGCCUUUGGGCAUCCACUUGGAGCCCUACUCCCAGGUCUGGGACCAGGAGGAUACCAAAAAGGCGGUCGAAGAUCUGAAGAGGACCUACGACUCCAAGACAAUUCUCAUGGCAGUGGACCGCCUGGAGGAGAAGGAGGGCAUCCCUCACAAGAUCAUGGCCUUCCACAAGUUCCUGUCGCGAUUCCCGUCCUGGGCCUCAAACGUCGUCUUCGUCCAGUUGGUGGUUGCUGCCAAAACGGACGACGAGGAGGCUCCAGAGACAAGGGAGGAGAGGCAGAAGUUGCUGCAACAGGUCUAUCAGAUGGGGGGCGAGUGCAACUCUGCUUUCGGGUCCAUCACGCAUGCGCCGUUUCACUUCCUCCACCAAGACAUCAGCAGAACUGACAUAACUGCCCUCAUGGUCAAAGCGCAUGUGUUUAUGGACACGCCGCUGCGUGACACUCUCUCCCGGGAAGCCCAUGAGUUUGUCUGGUGCCAGGAGGAGCAGGACUGCGGCGUGCUGAUCCUCUCGGAGUUCUCCGGCUCUGCGCAGUCCCUGCGGGCAGCUGCGCUCUGCGUGAACCCUUGGGACACCACCGCCUUUGCUGAUGCCAUCCAGGAGGCCAUCGAGAUGGAGUUUCAGGAUCGACGGGAGCUCCACAUCUACGGCCACAAGCAUGUCUAUGACCACACCCUCAGGCGAUGGGCGACUAACUUCCUGGACGAGAUCUGCUCGGCCGAAAGAGAGUGCGAAGACGAGCGCUUGCAGAUUCCCCCACCGCUGGACCACGAGACGCCGGUGACAGCCAUGCGGCAGGCCCACAAGCGGAUUUUCGUCUUCGGUUUCUCUGGCACACUGCUGCCGCGGAAGUCGCGGCUCCAGGCCAAGAUCCUGGGCAAGCUCCAUCCUGUUUUGGCUGCAAACCUCAAGGUGCUGGCAGAGGAGCCCAACACACACGUCAUCAUCAUGAGCAGCCUGGAGCAGGAGCUCUUGUCGGAGGCCAUCGGCAGCUUGCCCUGCUGGAUCAUAGCAGAGGGUGGCGUUUGCUAUCGUGAGCCUGAUGGCACCUGGUUGAACAUGGAGCUUCAGGACAAAGAUUGGCUGGCGCCCGCGAAGGAGAUCAUGGAGUACUUUGCUGCGCGAACACCUGGCUCGCGGGUCAUUGAGACCACAUCUUCCGUCUCCUGGCACUACCAGAAGACCCAGGGCGAUCACGCCGCGAUACAGUCCAAGGACCUCCUAAUCCACCUCUGGGCCGGCCCGCUGCUGUCUGCUCCAGCCGAGGUGGUGGUUGGCAAUGACGAGGUCAGCGUACGGCCCACAGGAGUGAGCAAGGCUUCCCAGCUAGAGAAGAUCUUGCAACGGAUUUGCUGCGAGGAGGGAACCAACAGCCCCACGCUGCAGUGGCAAUCCGAUGUUUCGGUGACUUGCAUUUGCGACCUGAUCACCAAAGAUGAGGACGUUUACCUCACUCUUCAGAAGUUUUUCGAUCAGGACGGCACGAAGGUGACGCCGGCCCCCAUGAGCCGCAUGAUGAGCGGGGAUGAUGUAUCUGGGCGCACUGGCUCCCUCGGAACGCCAUUGUCUGUCCACGAGCCCAUGACGGACGACUGGGCAGGUCUGGAUUCUUCCCGACAAGAAGUAAUGAACCUGGAGGCGAACAGCAAGUCACUUGGAGCGUUCUUUAACAAGCGCAUUGCCAAGAAUGACGAUGAUGCUCCUCCUUUCGGCCUGCACAAGCCGUCCUCUUCUUCUCAAGGGUCCAACUUAGCGAGUCUGUCGCUGGAACCUCACUCAAUCAAGAAGAUGCCUUCGGAGCCAGAGCUUCUGGCGUCUGCACCCGCUGCGCAAGCGCUCUCCACAGGGAAGGUGUCUUUAAUCACCGUGACUGUGAGUCGCAAGCCCACCAGAGCAAUGUGCGCCUUGAGGUGUGUAAGCAUCACGCAAAGCAACUGUUGCCGACUUGAACGGCUGCUGCGGUGAUGCGGUGAGGUACCACGUGAAUGAUACCACGGAUGUCACCUUCCUCAUCGCUCGCUUGGCAAGGGAGAUGCGCCAGAUGAAGCAGGCACACGAGCAUGAAUGCACCGCGGCAGAGGAGAGCAAGGCGAAAGACGAGCUGCAAACCGCACAUGGCCAAGCGUGAGAAUUUGGGCAUGUUCCGAUUCUGCGAUGUCGUGAGAAAGGAGCAGUCGUGGACUCGCAACGUGUCAGCACCGGCCAAGAAUAGCCGUCUCUGAUAAUGCACCGCCUCAAGAGGCCGGG